CAAUUUAUAUCAUGGUAACCUUAGUUUUGUUGAGUGUUUUGUUCAUUUCAUAUUUCACAAAAUUAUUGAAGAACUUUAAAGAUGGAUAUUUUAACAACUAAUGAUUCUUCAAUAAUACUUAAUCCUACAAUCGUAAAGUAGGAAAUUGUAACUUUCGAAGUUACAAAGAUGUUUCACAACCAGAAACAAAAUCAACUUUACCAACUCAACUAGAACCCUAUUUAGAUAAUGAUGAGGAAAUGGUUAACUGUGCUGAGUAUGAUGAUGACUUAGAAAUAACCCUAACUAAAGGAGGAAAAUUCAUUACUGAGUUCCAUGUUGCUUCGGCUUUUUAUGGAAAUAUAAUAGGAAUGAAAGGAAAUCGCAAACGUGAAAUUGAAAUGAGCACAGAUACUUCAAUAAAAAUCCCAAAACAUGGUGAAACAGGCAAGAUUGUCAUCACAGGACCCACAGAAAGAUCUGUGGCAUCAGCCUGGUCAAGAGUGAACAUGAUUGUGCUACAAAACAGAGAUAAUAAGCAAAUAACUCACUUUGUCUCCAUUCCUGUGGUAUCUGAAGAAAUUUGGAAGAAUUUCGAUGAUUUUAAGCAGAAAAUUGUAACUGGUCCUCCAUUGAGGGGUGUUGAUGAGACUGUGUUCCAAACACCAGGAAAAUUACAUCUUACAAUUGCUCCUUUAGUGCUUUUGGAUGAUAAAGAGAUUGAAAUUGCUGUGGAAGCACUGCACAACUAUAAAAACACAUUGAGUGAGUUGUUUUUAAACUCUGGACCAAUUAAAAUUGUCCUUGAAGGCCUGGAAAUCAUGAAUGAUGAUCCAACUGCUGUGGAUGUUUUGUAUGGCAAAGUAAAAUUUAAUUUAACGAAGUAUAAUACACAGUUUCAACGAAUGGCUGAUAAUAUUGUUCAGUUAUUAUCGAAAAAGGUAAUAUUUAGAUCAUUUAUAGGUUAAA